AUGUUCAGCUUCUACGGUGAACCGCAAACUCCGACGAGGAAUCCCCAAUUCGACUCGUUUCCCCCCAAACUCGAAUCCAGCUUCUUCGACCCCCGAGUCACCUGGGAUACCUCCGAUCCAUAUGCCUCCAGUCCGGAGAUCCUCCGCACACCCCAGAGAUUCGGCCUCGGCUCUCACAAGGCCGGCAAUGACUCCGCCUACAAGAGAACCGACCAACCCGAUACCGCCAGGCGGAUUCACACCAAUGGGGAGGAGUAUCCCCGGACCAUAGGGUCGGCCAAGUCGGCGGCCUCCAUGCAGACCCCUCCGCCGACAAGUGCGUCAAGGAGAAAGAUACCCGAGUUCGAACCGGAGGCCUUGUCGAUCGGGGGCCACUUGGAGACACCCAGUCGACUGCUAGGGACCUCACCCCGAAUGUUCGGGCAGACCUCGCCCGAUCUGUUCCAAUUGGCAUCCUUAGAUCCAGCGGGCUCUCCUAUCUUUCCACAGCAGCGGUUAUUCUGGGAUCAAGAUUUGGAGAGCAAUGAAAUCCCGUUGCCGAGCAAUGGCAACUUCGAUGCUCGCCAAUCCUCUCAUGUCCCUAAAUUGCCCGCCAUUGGCAGCGCAAAUCUUCCUGAUUUCGGACGUGGCUAUGGUCUUUCCGCACCCAACGAUGCUGCCCUCUUUCCUGCCCCCUUCUCCACAUCACCUCGCCGGCCGGUCGCCAAGGCCGAGGAUCCUGCGCUCUUCUUGAGCUCUCCCGCCCGACGUUUCGGUGGCCCUCAAAUGACUCCAGAAACAAGGUCACUGCGAGGCCUUCGUCAACCGUACCAUCACCAGGCGGAAGAGUCCAGACGGGAGGAACUACUGCGGUCACAAGCAAAUGGUAGACCGGAUUUUGCGAACUUCCCAGGCGAGAGCGACGAAGAAGAUGAGGACCUCACCCCCAGGGGUGCUCGGCCCGCUUUGACACGGAGUGUCACGCAUAAUGGCCUGUCCUCUACUCGAUCAAUCAGUCAAGGCAUGAUGGCAUCCACAAGCGGUGUUCGGAAGAGCCCAGCUAAAGGGCGUUCCUCUCCCGCUAAAACCAUGCGUCCGGCUCCCUUGCCUCGCGCAAAUUCGAUUGCCACCGGUUUCCCAACCCGCUCAUCGUCUGUAGUCCUCCGCAUCGGACGGGAUGGUCGUGCAAAGGCCGAGAUGGAGCCUGUUGAUGAGACGCCGACGGGCCUGACUGACCCCCUGACAGGCAUGGAACUCGAAGGGUCAGCAACGGAGAGUGAAACGGACCCUGCCGAGUACUCUGAAUACCCUGUUCUGCACCGCACGCGGUCAUCUUUCUCGCUCUACGAUGGUCACCGUCCGCCACCUUCUCGGAGCGACUCGGAUUCCCGCCCCCCUUCGAAGGGAUCCUACACCUCCACGGUUGGGUCUUCUCAAUCCGGGCGGAUGUCACCGUGGGCUGGGUCUUCCCGAGUUGGAAGAGCGACAUUGCGCGGCUCGCCUGAAAUCAAGCGUACACCAAAGCGGCAUUCCUCGUUGCUCCAUUCCGACUCGAGUUUCACACGUGGCAGUGGAUCAGACUCGCUUCCUGGGGAUGAGGACGACAGCGGCGAUGCCCAAUCCGCCCUUCGGCAGGUUCUCAAAGAACGGGGCCGCGGUACUAGGCCGUCUACUGGCCUGCAGAGCCGUCUUUCUCGCUCAUCACAUACCUUUAAUCAUCUCCGGUCAUCACCACCUCGCCUCGGCAGUGAUUAUGACAUUCCACGGCACAAUGCCUCCCCUACUACACUCACCGACCCCGAUCUAGCCACCCCCAGCACCGAGCGGCAUAGCAAUCCCAGCAAUGGAACGCGAUGUGUCUGCCGGUCGAUGGACAAUGGUGGGCACUUAAUGAUCCAAUGUGAAUCAUGUACCCACUGGCUACACACCAGAUGCGUUGGGUUAGAGCGUUCACACCUCCCCUCAGUCUACGUCUGCAUCUUCUGUGCGCAAACUCCCUCGAAGCAGAACCGAUCCCGAACUUCUUAUGUUCCGGGUCAAGCACCUCCUUCGCCAUUAGCCCACAAGUCAUAUCGACUUCGGUAA